AACUCGAGCCGUUCUUAAGUCAAGACCCCACUGUAGAUCCAACCCAUUCUCAUUCAUAAAUGAGUUGUUUAUAUGGCCCUAGUUAACAUUGGUCAAAAUGAACUUACUUUUAGGAAAAACACAAUUCUCUGGUACAGAGUAUACUCUGAAGAUCCUAUAUUCAGCCACGUGCAUUACAUAUUAAAGGAUCUCACAUGACAAGAUUAGCAAUGAUCUUGGUCUGAUGUUCUUUUCUCUGUGGAACCAACAGUACUAGAUUAGAACCACAGCUUCGUAUUUUAGUGAAGGAUCUGAUUUGACUCCCUUCUGGAACCUGGGUUCAAUUAGAUGCCAUUCUGAAGAUGUUUAGGGUGAAAUACUGAACACAUUUCCUAUGGACUGAAUGAUAUGGAUCAUAGUUCCUACAGUUCAACUAGACAAGAUGUUCAACUCACAUUUCAAAGAAGAGUUCCUCUAACUGGUAAAAUUUCACAGAUCUUCCAGAAAGGUCCCGCAGUCGUCUACCGACACAAAAACGCCUGCCGUCUCGGAUGGGAACUGUAUGAGGGCAACUGCUACUCUUUUUCUGAGGUAGAGAAAACAUGGGAUGAGAGCCAGCACAGUUGUGCCUCAUUAAACUCUUCUCUUGCAGUCGUCAACAACAGAGAAGAAUUGAUGUUCCUAAAGGAGAGAACAGAAGGUGUCAACUACUUCUUCAUUGGUCUAACCAAGAAAGGCUCCGGUGGACAAUGGAAAUGGAUUGACAACACAGUGUAUGACCCUGACAUGUUUCAUAUGUCAGUCCAAGAUUUUGAUUGUGGUGUGGUUGGGUUGAACACCCUAAGCUCAAUGUCAUGUUCUGUAACAAACUACUGGAUUUGUGAGGAAAUAUAGGAACGCGCCUAUGAACCAGAAAUCCUCAGAACCUCAGUCAUCUAGAAUUAGAACACAUUGCUCUGCGAAGAAAGUUUGGCUCUGAAGAUGCGUCUUUUCCUUUGUACAACAAGUUGCAUCAAGUUGUCGCCUUGACGCCCAUCUGACUUUGGGCACUUUCAGCAGCUCAUUGCCACCAGAUGAGCCACAGGUAGAGUAGCCACGUCAGCCCUUUCCCAUUCCCGGAGAUUUCAGGACCACAAACGGAGACCAGCAGAUUGGACCUUAUGAGGUCAUGAGGGCAGGCUCUUGUUUUACGAUUGCAAAAAUAACAUGUGUGUGCAACCACGCAUGUGUGUGACAAUAUACGGGAGAUGGUGCUGAUUUCUUGUACUACUCUCUCCUAUACGUGUAAAAAACAGAUAAGCAAUUUUGCGAUCA